UGCUUGGCUUGGGGGGAUAGACUAUACUUCAAAUGGGAAGUGGAGUACAUGUUCUGGUCUCCGGACUGCGUGGAGGGCUUGGUGAUGGGCAUCAACGGCCAAUUCCCUGGCCCCACCAUCAGGGCUAAGGCGUCGGAUACCAUUGUGGUUGAACUCACCAACAAGCUCGACACAGAGGGAGUUGUCAUUCACUGGCAUGGCAUCCGCCAGAUGGGAACACCAUGGGCAGAUGGGUCUGCUUCUGUUUCGCAGUGCCCCAUAAAUCCUGGAGAAACCUUCUUUUACAAUUUCACAGUUGAGAAGCCAGGAACGUAUUUUUAUCAUGGACACCACGGCAUGCAAAGAACAGCUGGGUUGUAUGGAUCUCUGAUAGUAGAGGUGGCCAACGGAUGGAAGCAGCCUUUUGGUUACGACGGGGAGUUCAGCCUACUGCUCAGUGACUGGUGGCACCAAAGCGUUCAGGAGCAAGCGACCGGCCUCUUCAACAUUCCCUUCCGUUGGGUUGGUGAACCCAAGAGUCUAUUGAUCAAUGGAAAGGGGCAAUACAAUUGCUCUCUUGCACCUCGUGUUAGUAAGAUCUCGGCUAAUCAAUGCCAGUUUAUUGGAAAUGAACAAUGCGCACCCCAAAUACUUAGUGUUCUCCCUUAUAAGACAUACAGGUUAAGAGUGGCCAGUGUCACUUCUCUCUCUUCACUCAACCUCCAAAUAGGGAAGCAUGAGAUGGUAGUGGUAGAAGCUGACGGGAACUAUGUGCAACCAUUUGCUGUGGAAGACUUGGACAUCUACUCUGGAGAAAGCUACUCAGUCCUCUUCACAACUAACCAAGACCCUCGAAUGAACUACUGGGUUUCAGUGAGUGUGAGAGGAAGGAUGCCCAGUACUGCUCCAGCACUAACCAUCCUCAACUACAAGCCAACUCUAGCGUCAUCGCUUCCAACAUCACCGCCCCCAGUGGCACCCCUCUGGAAUGACUACAACCACAGCAAAUCAUUCUCUAAAAAAAUCCUUGCCCUCAUGGGCUCCCCCAAGCCUCCAAUCCACUCCACCCGUCGGAUUAUCCUCCUCAACACCCAAAAUAAAUACGAGGGAUACAUCAAGUGGGCACUCAACAACGUGUCAUUGUCAUUACCACCUACACCUUACUUGGGUUCUCUAAAAUUUGGUCUAAAAAUUGCAUUUGAUCAACAAAGCCCACCAGACAAGUAUCCUAACACUUACGACGUGACGAAGCCGCCAAUCAACCCUAAUUGCACCAUUGGCAGUGGCAUUUACAAGCUCGAUCUCUAUAGCAUUGUCGACGUGAUACUUCAAAAUGCGAAUACCUUGGCCGCGGGUGUUAGCGAAAUACACCCGUGGCACCUGCAUGGGCAUGAUUUUUGGGUGUUGGGGUAUGGAGACGGGAAGUUUUGUGAGAAGGAUGUGAAGACCCUAAACCUAGAAGAUCCACCACUGAAAAACACUGCACCGGUCUUUCCUUUUGGAUGGACAGCUUUAAGGUUUAUAGCAAACAACCCAGGGGUGUGGGCCUUUCACUGCCAUAUGGAGCCUCAUUUGCACAUGGGUAUGGGUGUGAUCUUCGCUGAAGGCAUCUACUAUGUCCGAAACAUACCUAACCAAGCUCUUGCUUGUGGUUUAACAGCAGAAUUGCUAAUGAAAGGCGGUGGCCACAGUUAA